AAAAGAAAAUAAGAUAAGAGCAAACUGUCCGCAGGGACAUUUCCAGUGCGUAAGGUUGAUUGUUUGCUUCAUAUCUUGAACUACACUCGUCCAAAUAAGGCGUGUGAAUUGUAUACUAAAAUCUCUCAAGACUAGGAAUCCGUGAAGAUCUUUUUUGCAGAAAAAUGAGUUGUGUAAGGCUUCCAAAUCGUCCGAACAAAACACAACCUCGCAGAAUCGGAUUUUCCUUUCCAAAGGAACGAAUUCGCCGGAAAACACCCGUUCUAGGGACUGUUUUCGUGUUGACGUUUAGGGGUUGAGCUAGCACUGUGAGGAGGCUGCUUAACACUCAUUUUUAAGCAAGGAAUCAGUUCUUAAUCAACCUUGUCCGAAGCUUUGACCAUUGGAUCAAGAAGGAGAAAUUUAAAGCUCAUUUGAGGUUGAGGCUAGAGCUUGCUACCCGUGCUUGUUGAUCGCGCGAUCAUCUUCGAGGGAAGACUUGAAAUGGACGGUGGUGGCAAGGUUACGAGAAGGAACCCGACGGGCCGUGCACCGGUGGGGACGGGGUGAUGGAGGUCUAAUCAUAAGGAUCUCGAAAUUUCUCAAGGAGGUGAGAGAUUUGGGGUGCAAACCCUUCAAUGGAACGGGUGACAUCUCGGUCGCCGCGGAAUUGAUCAAGAUGCUGAACGAAGCAACCCUUGAUAUGCAACUCACCCCCGAGUUUAAACUCAGGGUGGUGGUGAGAUUGCUUGAAGGGAUGGCGUCCACAUGGUGGGACGGGGCCAAAGGCAAGUAUGGCAGGACCGUGACCUGGGAGAAUUUUCGACAGGAGUUCUUUGCCCAAUACUAUUCCGAUUUUGAGGUGAACGCUAAGAGGAGAGAGUAUACCCUCCUGACCCAAGGUGGCAAAAUGACGGUGAGGCAACUUGAACACAAAUUCAGGGAGCUCGCGGAGUUCAUACCGGACUAUGUAUGUGAUGAGAACCGAAUGGUUAAUCACUUUUGGGAUGCCUUAGACUUGGAGGUGCGUGAGAGGGCAACGCAAUUGCCCAACAUGACCUUCAGUCAAGUAGUUGAGAAGGGGUUGAAAGGAGAGAAGGAAUGGGGAGAAAGAAAGAUGAAAAACGCCGAGGAGGCGAAGAAGAGGAAGUGGGAGAACCAUGGACCUCAAGGUCCUAACAAAAAGGAGAAUCAUGGAGGAGGAGGAUCCUUUCGGGCACCCCCAUUAUCACCUAAGGGAAGCCAAGGCCCGGGCGGGCAAUCAUAAGCCUCGGGGGCGACUCGUUGCAG